AUGGAUUGUGAUAUCUGCUUGGAAAUUCUUACUCAACUUCGACUGCCAGCAACAGUCGACGUGCAGUUAGCUGAUGCUUUAAAUCUGCCUUAUAGGCGAGAAAAACUUAUUCAAGCAUUUGCAUCUUUUUAUUAUUUCACAAAAUAUUUACAUAUUUAUAUUCAUGCAAGCAGGAAAAAAUGUUUUGGAUGCGCACUUAUUAGAAACGAAAACAAAAGCGUUGCACGUUUGCACAUUACCUCUUACUUUCUUUAUCUUAGAUCAAACAGUAUUGACGCAGCUUUACUGAUUUCGGUCUUGCAUCAUUUUGCAACACUAACUCGCAGGAAACAAGCACUGUUAGAAGUUGCACGAUGCUUAAAACCUUUGUAUGUCUUUCUUAUCUAUUUUUUCAAUUUUCUGCUAAAAAUUAGUCAUAAAGUGCAUAUCAAUAUACCGUAUUUUACCAAAAGUUUCAAUUACUUAUUUUCCAAAUUAACUCAUUUAGUACAGUAUGCUUGA